UCGAGGUUGUCCCUCAGAGUUUCCUGUUAGCAUACCCAUCUUCAGAGUGUAAACAGUCCAGUCCUGGCUGAUUCCUGUUCCUGCUUCACCCAGCGCCUCUGAGCUUCAUCCCUGACCGAGAGCAGAGCGCCGAGAAACACGGCGGGGCUGAUGGAGGUUCCAGCUCGGAGUGACCACACGGCUGUCCUGUUUGGAAAUGUGCUGUACGUGUGGGGAGGCUGUCAGUAUGUGAAUGGAGAAGAAGUUGUUCUACCCAGUGACGAGAUCUGGCUCUAUGAUAUGGAAAGUGGACUCUGGACUCACAGGGGAAUGGGUGGGGAGGUUCCUCCUCUGCUCUCGCAGACAUGUGGCUCGUUCCUCCAGGGUGUGCUCUAUGUUUUCGGAGGUUGUGACAGCAACAGCCACACCAACCAGAUGUAUUGUGUAGACUUGCAGGAUGGAAAGUACACCUGGAAAAAAGUGACAGGCUGUGUAGGAACCCCUCCCUCCCCCAGGGACAGGCACUCCUGCUGGGUCUACAAGGACAGGCUAAUUUAUUUUGGUGGAUAUGGAUGCAAAAAAGUUAGAGAGGUCAACAACUUCAAGAGCUUCACAGUGGUUGAGACCUCAUGGGCGGUUAUUGGUAGUGAAUCUUUCCGCUUCUGGGGCUGGAAUAAUGAAGUUUAUAUGUUUGAGCCCAGCUCUGCCACAUGGACUGAGCCACAAACCCAGGGCCAGCCUCCUGAGCCGAGGUCAUCUCAUGCUAGUGCCACUCUGGGCAACAAGGGCUACAUCUGCGGAGGGCUGGAAACAGAAACUAUAGACAUUCACUGUUUAGACCUGGUCUCAUGGACAUGGUCCCAUAUGGAGCCCCUGUCCACUUCUCUGCCAAUAGGCCGCUCUCUACACACACUGACCCCUAUGUCACACAACACACUCUUCCUCUUCGGUGGUCUCAGCACUUCUGGACAGGUUCUCAGUGAUGGCUGGGAAUUUAACACUGUGACGGGAGAAUGGAAAGAGAGGCAGCAUCCUCACAAAGACAAGCCCAGGUUAUGGCAUUCAGCAGUACAGGGGAAGGACAACGAUGUGGUGGUUUUUGGAGGAAGCAGCGAUUAUGUCGUGAUAAUGGAUUCGAUUACAGUGCUCAGGUGUCCGUCUCAGAGCCACUGCAGUGAUGUGCUGGUGUUUCAGACACAGCCCUACUCCCUCUCCAGAUUAUGUGAGGACUGCAUAGGAAAACAUGCGUCUGCUCUGCAGGAACUAGCAUCAUGCUUACCUCCCCGAGUUCAGGAAACACUUCACAAGAGGAUGUCGUACUUCAGCACACUUACAAAACAGCAGUAAAAAAGUACCUUUACAUGAGCACACAUGGACAUUGCAUAAACAGCAUUGUAUCAUCCUUCAGUCUAAUGUUGCAAGAUGCAUUUAGAAACAACAGAA